AUUUUCGAAAUAAUAGACGCGAUGUUUUUAGCUUUUUACAAUUUUUUACUUGAAUAAUAUAUUAAAUCACACUUAUUUCUUCUUACGAUAGGUUCUAAAUACCAAUUGAUUUUUCCAUUUGUUAAGUAUGUCUCUACCAAAUGUUGAUACCGCUAUUGUUAGAUACGAAAACUUCAUCAAUAACGUUUUAAAAGAAAGUCUUCGUGUUCAGGAUCAACAGUUACAUAAAAUAAAUGAGGAAAUAACAGCAUUAAUUCAAGAAAAACAUACAUUAAAAGUGAUAACCGACCAGAAGCUUCAUCCGGAUGGUUUCAAAACGAAAUUAAACAUUGGUUGCAAUUUUUUCAUGGAGGCUUCAGUUCCUGAUACAUCCAAAUUAUUAAUGCAUAUUGGUUUAAAACAUUAUUUAGAAUUUACAGCCAAUGAAGCAAAUACCUAUUUAGAUGCAAGAAUAAAGGUGUAUGAAGAUAAAGCUGAAGAAAUUAAAAAGAAAAUUUAUAUGACCAAGGCACAUAUAAAAUUAAUGUUAUUUGGCAUCGGGCAGUUAACAAAUAUGAAAAGUGAUGUUAAAACCUAAAUGUUGUAGAUUAUCCUUUAAUUAAUUAAGUGAAAAAGUAAUAGGUUAGAUUGUGUACAUUAGUGUGUCAUUUUUUCAAAAACAAUGCAUAAUUUUUAAUAAAUUCUGAGAAUCUAGUAUUGGGGGUUGAUUGAAAGGGCAUAGCUGUAUACAUAUAUGUCUGGGGUAACCUUGUAGCAUUAUUACAAGGUAUCUGCUCAUUUAGACAAAGUAACAUUUGAUUAUGGCUGUAGCUCAUCCAAAAGUCAAAGAUGUAUGGAACUGACAAUUACUUUUGAUAAAUCAUGUGCUGGUCACAUGACACAAUGAAUACUUAUUCAUUUCUGUGAUUUUUGUCACAUUCUGUUGAUUCUACUAAUAAUAUAGCUAAUUGUAAGUUAAUUUGUCUAAGAGGGCAGUAACUUCCUAAAAUUUGGUUCCAUUUUGCCUACCUCAUAUUCCAAGCUCCUAAACAACAAUAAUGCAUAGGAUUUUAUGUAAUACUAGCUGUUCCCGUGCGGCUUCAUCCGCAUGAAAUUUUUAUUUUAUUGUUCACAUUUGUCAAUUA